ACACCCACCAACUUCAUAGUUCUUUUUCUAUUAGCUUCGGCUUUUUAGCUCUUCGCUUUCUCUCCUUUGUUCUGAUGGCGAGAGCACCAUCUUUCAAAAGAUUGGAUAGCAUUACAGAUGGAAUGCCAGAAUUUCUGAGGGAAACUAGGCACCAUAUGAGAAAAUGCUUUUCCAGUUACGUAGGAAAGGGAAAGAGAGUCCUGAAGCCUGAUGUUCUCAUGGAGGAGUUCGAGAAAUCUAUAGAUGACAAGCCAAAGAGGGCAGAGCUUCUUGAGGGAUUCCUCGGUUAUGUAGUGAACGCCACCAAGGAGGCAAUCGCCAUUCCGCCAAUUAUUGCAUUUGCAGUCAGACCAGCUCCAGGAAUCUGGGAGUUCCUCAAAGUGAACGCUAAUGAUCUGGAAUCUGAAGGGAUCUCUGCUUCCGAGUACCUGAAAUUCAAGGAACUCGUAUUCGACGAGGAAUGGGCCAAGGAUGAGAAUUCCCUAGAACUAGAUUUCGGGGCUUUUGACUCUUCGCUUCCCAAAAUUAGUCUGCCUUCUUCAAUUGGAAAUGGUGCACAAUUUAUCUCCAGAUAUUUGUCUUCAAAACUCACUAAGGAUUCCUCUACAUCAAAGCAAUUGCUGGAGUUCCUUCGCACGUACCAGUAUAAAGGAGAAAAUCUUAUGAUUGAUCGGAGUGUCGAUACUGUGCAAAAGCUUCAAUCUUCUCUUCUCAUGGCUGAAGUUUUCCUUUCUUCAGUUCCUAAAGACACCAUCCACUACCGGUUCCAGGACAGGCUCGAGAAAUGGGGAUUGCUGAAAGGUUGGGGAAGCACCGCUGAACGCGCAAAAGAGACAAUCCACUUGCUCUCUGAAGUGCUUCAAGCACCUGAUCCGGUAUCUGUGGAGAAGUUUCUCGGCAGCAUUCCUACCGUAUUCAACAUUGUGAUCUUCUCGCCCCAUGGUUACUUUGGCCAAGCCGACGUUUUGGGCCUGCCAGAUACUGGUGGUCAGAUUGUUUAUAUUUUAGAUCAAGUUCGGGCCUUCGAGGAAGAGCUGCUUACUAGGAUUAAGGAGCAAGGGUUGGAUAUCGAACCUAAAAUACUUGUGGUAACGAGACUGAUACCAGAAGCGAAGGGAACCAAGUGCAACCAGGAAAUGGAGAAAAUUCUCAACACUAGAUACUCAAAUAUCCUCCGGGUUCCUUUCAGACAUCCAAAUGGGGUUGUUUUACGCCAGUGGGUCUCACGUUUUGAUGUGUACCCAUACCUUGAAAGAUUUGCCAAGGAUGCUGCUGAUAGAAUUAUAGGAGAAAUGGGUGGAAAACCUGAUCUGAUUAUUGGAAAUUACACUGAUGGGAACCUGGUGGCAUCUCUUAUGGCCAGCAGACUUGGAGUUACCCAGGCAACCAUAGCACAUGCUCUGGAGAAAACCAAGUAUGAAGAUUCAGAUGCUAAAUGGAAACAACUUGAAGCCAAAUAUCACUUCUCUUGUCAGUUUACCGCUGAUAUUUUCUCCAUGAACAUGACAGAUUUCAUCAUCACAAGCACAUUCCAAGAAAUUGCAGGGAGUGAAAAUCGGCCAGGACAAUACGAAAGUCAUGCUGCAUAUACCAUGCCCGGCCUUUAUCGAGUGGUCUCGGGUAUCAAUGUAUUUGAUCCCAAAUUUAAUAUUGCAUCCCCAGGUGCUGAUAUGUCUGUUUACUUCCCAUACACUGAGAAACAGAAAAGGUUAACAAACUUCCAUCCAGCGAUUCAAGAAUUGCUCUUCAGCAGGGAGGAAAACGACGAGCAUAUAGGGUUUCUUGAAGACACAAAAAAGCCAAUUAUCUUCUCGAUGGCAAGACUUGACACAGUGAAGAACAUCACUGGACUGACCGAGUGGUAUGGAAAGAACAGAAGGCUAAGGAACCUUGUCAACCUUGUUGUUGUUGCUGGCUUUUUUGAUCCGGCCAAAUCAAAAGACAGAGAGGAAAUUAGUGAAAUAAAGAAAAUGCAUUCUAUCAUUGAAAAAUACCAACUGAAAGGCCAAAUCAGAUGGAUAGCAGCACAAAAUGAUCGCUACAGGAAUGGUGAACUGUAUCGCUGCAUUGCUGAUACCAAGGGAGCAUUUAUUCAGCCUGCUCUGUAUGAAGCUUUUGGACUGACAGUGAUUGAAGCAAUGACUUGUGGACUACCAACAUUUGCGACAAACCAAGGUGGACCUGCUGAAAUCAUAGUGGAUGGAGUUUCAGGAUUUCACAUUGAUCCAAACCAUGGAGAUGAAUCUAGCAACAAAAUUGCAGAUUUCUUUGAGAAGUGCAAGCAAGACAACCAACAUUGGACAAAGUACUCAGCUGCAGGACUCCAGAGAAUUCACGAAUGCUACACGUGGAAGAUCUAUGCAAGCAAGGUAAUUAACAUGGGUGCUAUCUACAACUUCUGGAGGCAGCUCCAAAGUGGAAACAAGCAUGCCAAGCAAAGAUACUUGCAGAUGUUCUACAAUCUCCAAUUCAAGACCUUGGCAAGGACAGUCCCCAUACCAGAGGAGGAGCCCAAAAAGCCAGAAUCAACUGCCAUCAUAAAAGUCAAACCAGCACCAAGCAAACGUGCUUCGACCAGAUUUCAGAGGUUCCUGACCAAGUGCAUUGAUCGAGCAUAGACAAGACACUAGGAAAUGAAGAGAUGGCAAUGCAGCAUGCGUCGAUGCCUUUACAAAAGCUCAUUCAUUCAGCAAGAAAUAAUUUUGAUGCAUUGGAUUUGUAUUAUGAUGAUUGUUCUCAGUGGUCUUGUCAAUAAAAUAAAAAUGUACCUACAUCAGAACUAGAUGUGGGAACAAAAGCAAUACAUAAGAUAAAGUGAAAGCAGCUACUUGUCAAGAAAGAG